CACGUUAUUAGUCUGUCUUUCAGUAACUACAGACUUUGCACGUAUUGAGACCACAGCCAGGCAGAACGAUGCUGACAACUGUGUUCUUGCUGGUAUUGCUGUCCGUAGCCAUCCAGACUUCACAUGCGGCCUUGGAUACGGGUCAGAUUACGAUUGACAGCCUUCACAUCCGCUCUGACAUCAGACAUCGGUUCUCCGAGACACGCGUGACCAGCCGGGUGUCAAACACAGCUGAUAUAGCUCAGGAUGCCACCUUUGAAGUCCGCUUGCCGGAUGACGCAUUUAUAUCCGGGUACUCUAUGACGAUAGAUGGCGUUGUUUAUCCCGGUACUGUUAAGGAGAAGUCGGCUGCCAAUAAGGAGUUCAACGACGCCGUAGAGAGGGGCGAGUCGGCAGGGAAGGUCGCGGCGACCAGCGCACGUGAAACUAACGAGUUUCUCAUUACGGUGAACGUGGCAGCGCAUAGUCACGUGACGUUCAACUUGACCUAUCAGGAGUUGCUUCAGCGUCGACUGGGUCUCUACGAGCACGUGAUCUACAUCAAUCCGGGACAGAUCGUACCGGAUCUCCAAGUGCACGUGUUCAUAAACGAAACAAGGGAAAUAACCCAAUUGAGCGCACCGGAAAUCCGAGACGACAAACUUUCCUCAAAUGUCAUUACAGACACCAACAAGUUUGCACGUAUAGACAGCCUGUCCCCAAGCUCAGCUCAGGUGACGUUCUCACCUACCGCCGAGCAGCAACAGGAAUACUCGGACCGUGGGGUAGCCGGCCAGUUUAUCGUCAACUAUGAUGUACAGCGAUCACCAGACUUUGAGGGAGAGCUUUUGGUAUCUGACGGGUACUUCGUCCAUUUCUUUGCGCCGGAAGAUCUACCGCCAAUGGGAAAGCGGAUUGUGUUCGUUCUGGACACAAGCGGCUCCAUGAGCGGACGGAAAAACCUUCAGCUCCAGGAAGCUCUUCUCUUUAUUCUCGGGGAACUCCGACCUAUUGACGGGUUCAGCAUCCUUCUGUUCAGCAGCGGAGUCGAGUACUGGGGCUCAGGCAAACUGAUUCGCGCGACAGAGGAGAACGUCGCCAAAGCCAAGCAGUUCGCCAGGACAAUCGGAGCGAGUGGAGGCACAAACAUCAACGCUGCUCUUCUGGCGGGACUGCGCACGCUCUCUCCUCACGCGACAAAUCCGUCAAAUCCGUCGCUCCUACUGUUCUUGACGGACGGCCAAGCGACGUCCGGGGAGACAAGGUCGGAGAAAAUACUGGAGAACGUCAGCGGUGCGCGUCAAGCUGGACAGUCCAUCUACUCCUUGGCCUUCGGAAACGGGGCAGAUUUCGACCUUCUGCGAAAGCUUUCUGCUCAAAACCAAGGCGUAGCGAGGAAGAUCUUUGAGGAUGCGGACGCGGCGCUGCAACUGUCGGGUUUUUACAACGAGAUCUCGAGUCCUUUGUUGUCAGAAUUGGUCAUCAAGUACAUCAGCGAUUUUGUGAACGACACUAGCCUGACCCAGACUUCGUUCAGCACCUUUUUCCGAGGUUCCGAAAUUGUCGUCUCAGGAAGAUACAAUGCGCAAGCCCAGGGGCCAAGAGAGCUCAGUGUCGUCGUCCAGGGUAAUGAUGCGUCAAGCCCUUUGCUUAAGAGACGCCGUUACUGUCUUCCUCCGUGGCUUCCACGCCCUCUCCGUGAUUCCUGGUAUCACCCACGCCCCUGGCCAUGCCCCCCUCUACCCCCACCGCCAACUCUCAGCCCCACCCCACCGACUCCACGACCAACUACCUUCAUAGAACGACUCUGGGUGUAUCUAACGAUCCGUCAACUGGUGGAGAAAGUGGUGGAAACUGACAACCCUAAAGCUCCAGCAUCGGUGAAGGCUAAAGCAGAUGCCUUGAGACUAGCUUUGAAGUACCAAUUCGUGACACCGUACACGUCCAUGGUUGCAACCAAGCCUAAGAAUCUUGAUACGAAAGUAUCUUUCGGUCCAACUGCUGUCAAAGAGUCAUCUAGCAGUGUACCCAGCUCGCUCAACACUUCCUUACGUCGUUCACAAGGAUUCCCGGCCAUAAAAAAGAGCAGUGGACCACUAUCUUUUAGACGCAGGAUGCAUCCGUCAAUCAUCAGGCCAAAUUAUCAGAUACAACCGCCACCAGCAGCGACACUCCAGCCGAUUUUGACGGAAAGUCUAACCACUCCGCCUCCUGCAAAACCCAGAUCAGACAUCCCGCCAGGACUAAGCAUUGAAGUAAAUGUUACCAAAGAACUAAAUCUGGAAGUUAAUGUCACGACAGAGCUUAAUCCGGAAGUAAAUGCCACGACCCCAGACGAUACUGGAUUCUCCCUGUGUUUGGACAUUGCCUCAACUUAUGUGAACGAGUCCGACAUCCUGCUCCUAAACGAUACAGAGAAUGAUUUAGUUGUAACAGGGAUUUUACAAACUGAAAAAUUCGGAGAUCACCGGAAAUUUGAAUCGGUGUCAGUACGCCUGAACGGAAGUGACGUCUUGACGGUGGCGGUGACGUUAGUCCCGUAUUAGUAACAUCACGUACCGCUGGUGGCAGAUGAGUUCUCUCAGUACUGAUGACGUCACAAUCACGGUGGUGACACGAUUGAACUGGUGACCCCAAGCAACGUGAGUCUGGUGUUCCACAAGUAUGGUAUUCAGACGAGGCGAUCUCUAUCCAGUCCUUUCAUUACAGUGUCCGUCAACAACAUACAGAAUCUGUCGCCCGAUUCAGCAGGAGUUAUUGGUAUGUAUAUGUAUUGCUAUAAGAGGUAUAUACCGUGG